AUGGCUAACGAAAAUAUCGACGAGCAAAUUCUAACGCUUUACAGCGAAGAGAAGUGGGAGGAUAUUGUUCGUUUAAAAUGUAUUCUAAAUAAAACAGAUAAAAGUAAAUUAUUCUGGGUUCUACCAACUUUUAACGAUUUACGUUGGAUACAAGAGUUAAUUGAAAAAUACAAUUUGAUCGGACUAGUAAGCAUAGGUUGUGGAUGUGGUUUAUUAGAAUGGUUAUUCAAAAAGUAUUCUGGUUUAGACGUGAUUGGCGUAGAACUAGAUCGUUCAUGGUGGUGCAGUAAAUAUUCUCCACCCUUAUUUUUAAAGAAUAUCGUUUUUAUUAGUGAAAGUGACACGAAUAGUAUGUUUUUAUUAGACAAACAUGCUUUUCUAUUUUGUUAUUUUAAUAAUGCAUCAGCAUUUUGCUAUUAUAUCGAAAAUUACAAAGGAAACUUUAUUUUUGUCAUUGGACCUCAAGAAAAUGAAGAUCGUUUAUCGGAUCCAAUGCCACUCGAUGCUAAAUUUGACGAAUACAAUUGGACGUUAAUACAUAAAAAAGAAUUGGAACGGACGGGCGAUUACAUUACAGUUUAUAGAAGAUAA